AUGGACACAUCCAAGCAUGAUCAAAAUCUCGAUCAACACUCACCCCUCCCCAACAUAACCCCCAACCUGGCUGACCUCGCCUUCAGCCUGUACCGUGAGCUGGCCCAUCAGUCCAACACCACCAACACCUUCUUCUCCCCAGUAAGCAUUGCUAUAGCCUUUGUGAUGCUCUCCCCUGGGACCAAAGGUGACACUCACAUCCAGAUCCCCCAGGGCCUCAAUUUCAAUUUCAAGGAGACAGUUCAGACUGAUAUCCACAAAGGCUUACAACAUCUCCUCGACAGCCUCAACCAGCCAGAUGACGAGUUGCAGCUGACCACCAGCAAUAUACUACUCAUUGAUGAGAAUCUGAAGCAAGUGCAUAAAUUUUUAGAGGAUGUGAAGAGGCUCUUUCAUAGUGAUGCCUUGGCUACAGAUUUCCAGGACUGGGCCAGAGCCAGGAGACAAAUCAAUGAGUAUCUCAAGAAUAAGACACAGGGGAAAAUUGUGGACUUGUUCUCAGAGCUGGACAGCCCAGCCUUGCUCAUCCUGGUCAACUAUAUCUUCUUCAAAGGCACAUGGGUACACCCCUUCAACCAGAAACGCACUAGGGAGGAGAACUUCUAUAUGAACGAGACGACCGUGAUGAAGGUGCCCAUGAUGUUCCAGUCGCGCGCCAUCAAGUACCUUAAUGACCCAGUGCUUCCCUGCCGGCUGGUACAGUUGGACUACACGCACAAUGGGACUGUCUUCUUCGUCCUUCCAGACGAGGGGAAGAUAGACACAGUCAUCACCGCGCUGAGCCGGGACACCAUUCAGAGGUGGGGUGAGUCCCUGACCAGAAGACACCUGAACCUGUACAUCCCGAAGGUCUCCAUCUCCGGAGCCUGUGACCUCGGGGACAUCCUGAGGGACUUGGGCAUUGCAGACUUGCACAACAACAAGGCAGAUUUCUCAGGCAUCACCAGAGAGGCUAGUGUCUCCACCCCGCUGAAGGUGCUGCAUCAGUCCAGGCUGCAGCUGGACGAGAAGGGCGCGAGGGCAAACGCCCCCGCCGCGAUCACCGCCCACGCGGUGUCCGAGCCCCUCACCGUCCGCUUCGACCGGCCCUUCCUCCUCCUGGUCUUCGACCACUUCACGUGGAGCAGCCUUUUCCUCAUCAAGGUUGUGAAUCCCACCUAAGGCUGCGCCCCCAGGAGCCGCAGAGCCGUCUGACUUUGGACACGGGGGACCCCAC